GCUUUAUUUUUUUUCAUGGAUAUUCUUCUUCGAGUGUUUGUAGAAGGGACACAACAGUAUUUUUCUGAUGUGCUUAACUCCUUAGAUGCUGUCAUUAUUGUGGUGACUCUAGUGAUCGAUUUAAUUUAUAUUUUUUAUGACUUUAAGUUUCUUAUUGAUAUCCCCAGCUUGACCUUUAUAUUGCGACCUCUACGACUUAUCAUUCUGGUAAGAAUUUUUCAUCUGGCUCAUCAAAAAAGACAUCUUGAAAUUCUGACCAGAAGGUUGGUUUCGGGAAACAAACGGCGCUAUCACAAAGAUGGAUUUGACUUAGACCUCACUUAUAUUACUGAACGUAUUAUUGCCAUGUCAUUCCCAUCUUCUGGACAGCAGUCCUUCUAUAGAAAUCCCAUAAAGGAAGUUGUGCGGUUCCUGGAUACCAAGCAUGGAAACCACUAUCAAGUCUACAAUCUAUGCAGUGAAAAAGCUUAUGAUCCUAAGUACUUCCAUAAUAGGGUCCAUCAAAUCAAGAUUGAUGAUCACAAUGUCCCCUCUCUGAGCGAGAUGGUGGAAUUUUCCAAGGAAGUAUGUAAGUGGAUGACGCAAGAUGAUGAAAACAUCGUAGUGAUUCACUGUAAAGGAGGCAAAGGAAGAACUGGAACUAUGGUUUGUGCCUGCCUUAUUGCCAGUGAAAUAUUUUUAACUGCAGAGGACAGCCUUCGUUAUUUUGGAGAACAACGAACAGAUAAAACCACCAGUAGUAAAUUCCAGGGAGUAGAAACUCCUUCUCAGAGUAGAUAUGUUAGAUAUUUUGCAGAUGUGAAAAAUAUCUACAACUGGAGUCUCCCUCCGAGAAAAAUACUGACGAUAGAUAAAAUUGUUAUUCAUUCAAUUCAUGGUGUUGGGAAAGGCAAUGGAAAAGAUCUAAAAGUACAAAUAAUAAUGCUGAAAAGGCCUAUCUUUUUCUGUUCUGCUUCCAAAAAUUGUAUGAUAGUUCAUGAUGCUGAAACAGACCAAGUAAUAAUUCAUCUACUCAACUGCCCACUUCUGUAUGAUGAUGUGAAAGUGCAGUUUUUCUCUUCUUCAGAUCUUCCUAGAUACUAUGACAACUGCCCAUUUUUCUUUUGGUUCAAUACAUCUUUUAUACAAAAUAACAGGCUUUAUCUUUCAAGAAAUGAGUUGGAUAAUCCCCAUAAAGCAAAAACAUGGAACAUUUACCGUCCAGAGUUUGCGGUGGAAAUCUAUUUUGAUGACAUUAAGUUGUAGCUAGUAUCUCUAGUAAGUGUAGCUCCCCUUCUAGGAUAGAGUCAUGUUCUUCCCAAUCCCUGCCACAUAUUUAUAAAUUCAAAACCUAUUUUCUUGCUGGUAUACUUAUAUUUUUAUAUAUGUACAUAUGUUCUUGUAUAUAUGUUCUUGUGUCCAAGGGAAACACAGUCCACAAAAGCAUUAGUUAUCAUUUUUAGGAACUUUGAAGUAAUAGUUUCAUAUCAAAAUAAUUGAGAUAUUUAAAUAUUGUGAUUUACGCCCAGUGCUCUGGGUUUAUUUCAUGACUUACAUAAUUUUGGACAAGUAUUUAUUCCCUGCUUUGUCUCACAUUUAUAAUUUCAGCUUAGAAAGGUAAUUUCUAUUUUCUCCCUCCAUUUGAUUUACAAACUGUUAACAAAGAUCAGAUUGGCAGCAAAGACUGUUAAACCCAGAGAAAUGGUCACACAACAGUGCCCAUCCCCCAGCACACGCUUUUCUCUUGCAAUCCAAGCACUGCAAAAAGCGUGACAAGCUUUUCUCAGUUACACACAGACAUUGGGGAGGGUAAGAGAAUCUUGGUAAACAUGAAGGAUAAAGAAUCUUUAGUAACUUCUGCUUUUGUGUAACAUCACAAGUGAAGUCAAAGGAAAUCCUUGCCUAGAGAAAUCUAGAUUUAUUAUUUUAAAAUCCACCAACCCCACUAACAACCAACUUCACCUACGCUUGGGGAACUCUGAAGGAAGGUCACCUUUUCAUUAUAAACACUGGUUAGUCCUGUGUCCACAGGGAAUCAUUUUCUCUUUGGUACCAGGUGCUAUUUUAUUUUAAGUACCUUCACUGCUACUGUAUCUUAAGGCCAUAAAAUUGUCCUUGAAAACAGUUCUAUUUUGCCUUUAUUGAAAUUAUCCUUAUUUGAUUUUUCCUUUAAUUGGCAAGGCUCUCAACAGUCUCAACCAAUUCUUCAGGAAAUAAAGGUAGUAACAAAUGAGAAGCAGUGCUUCUGCUAAAACACACUAAAUUCACUCCUGAAAAAUACUUGCUCUGCAAAAAGCACACACUAAGGAAAAGGUUUGUGAAGGGAAAUUGUGUUUAGGGGUUGGGGCAGACCACUCCAACCAAGCAAUGUUGUAACCAGCACACUAACCAUUAACUACGCAGAUUGUAGCUGAGAAUGUCUGGAGUUUACCACAGGGUAUCUUUUAAAGGGGAAUUAAAGCAGUACUCUAAUUGGAGAAGGACUAGGAGGUGCCCAAGUGGGAGUAGAGCUCUGAGCCACUGGAGCUGUCAUCACGGUCACUUGGAAAGCUGUGCAACCCCGGCAGGUGGCCUGGGUACAGGUGCUUUCUUCUUUUCCUUCCAAAUAGCCCACAAAGGCUCCCAGCUGCCAGUGCAGCAGCCUAGCUGAAGGUUUUAUUUGCUUUUCUGACAAUAGUUAUCGUUCUACUCUCCCAAAUCUGGCUCUCCUGGAGGAAAAGAUCUUGUUGGAGGACAUGCUCUCAAGUUCCUUCCAAGUUAUGACUAUAUUAUUCCCUGUAAUUUGUGUUACAGACACGUGUGUGGUUGCAGAAAAGCUUAUACAGUUUUUCCUUUAAAAUUCAUACCACAAUAAUCCAUAGAGGUUAGAUCAGGUGGCAGAUUUGAAUGGGAAAAAAAAAAUGCUUAGCUGGCUCACUGAGGAGUAAGAUCUAUCUUUAAUUUUUUCACUACUGGCAAUAAGAAGGGGAGGAAACCCCAAUUUAUGAGAAUCUUGAUUUUUGAAAUAAGAUUACAGUUGGGGUUUCCUUUCCCUAAUCUUCCAAAAUGCAUCAGAAUUUCUGGCAAUUAUGAGUUUCUCAUAGAAACUUCUUACGGCCUCCUUGGAGGUUGCUUUCUUAGAAUCCAAUGGGAAUAAUUCCUUGAACAACUUGAAAAACUUACGUAUCAGAAUGAUACUGGUUUUCUUAAACAAAAGUUACUAACCUAGAAUAGAAUUAUUCAAAACUUAAUAGCAGGAAGUUUAUUUUAAAAAUAGAACAACAUCCUGUCAAAUCAGUCAUACCGCGUCCACAGCCUGGUGGAGGGAGAUAGAAAUUCUAAUAACUGGUAUAUAAAAAGAACGUGUAUUAUUGUCUGUUUACCUACAGUGAAGUUAUUUUACAUCAGAAACCCCUUAACAAAAAAACAGUGCUCAUUUCAAUAAAACCUUCACCUUGAAAUAUUACUAUACAUAACUCUUAACAUUCCUGACAGUUGGUUCCUAGCAUGGAUGUAAAACACUUAAAAACCAAAACAAAAAUUCAUAUGCUCAAAUAUUAGGCAAAUAAUUUAAUGAUACAGAAUACUAGAAUUUCUUUAAACACAGUAUUUCAUGUUACUAUAUUUUUGUCUGGAGUACAGAUCUGAAAUGGGACAAAUUAUACCCAAAUACUGAACCAUGAAUUAAACAAAGAGAAUGAACAAUAAAUUCCCGACUUAGGUUUCCAUUCCUUACUCCCACUCACUCAUAGUUGCCUCAGACUGUUUAUAUUGAAGAUGUUUAGUUAAAUCUUUAAAGGAUGACAUGUGAAAAGGCCCACUGCCAACAAGGCUGAGACAUGCAGACCGGCGCCAGGCGGGGGCGCCAGGCAGGGGGGCCGUGGACUCUGAAGCAGUUCACUUCCUGCUGGAAGCGAGGGCCAUUUUCUAUUUUGCUUCACUCCAGGCCUGUUCAGACGAAGUACCACUCAGUAGCUAUGGGCCAUUUAAGUAUGGAGAGAAAAGUAAGGCAGAAACAUGUAUUGCUUUUAGAGAAAAAGUAAAGGGAAGACUAGCCAAAGCUCUGGGGCACAUCAAGCACGACACCAGGCGUCCCCUCCCUCAAUGUCUGCAGCAGCCCCCAUUUGUCAGCACCUCACUUUCCUGACCCUCUUGCUUCUGGCAUAUGGCUGGAGUUACCAGAGAGGCUUCACGGAGAACAAAAAGCUUAAGGAGACUGGAGGUUUCACACAAGAUUUAUAUUCUGCUGAAGGGCUACACACACGGUGUGGCCUGUUAUUAACACUGUCGGCUGCUUAGGAACACUUUUUAUGGAGAGAGCCCUUGCUAGUUUUGGGGCAGCAUGGAAUGAGGAGGCUUCCUUUAGCGGUGACAAGAGGGACUCUUACACCAAAUGGCUAAAGAACAGCUGCCCAUCCCCAAGGCUGUGGGAAUCAGAGGAACUGGGGUUUGUGCAUACGUACAACAUAGCUAAAUAAAAAUUACAUUUUUUGUUUCAUUGCUUUAUAAAGUCACACUCCACAUAAAGUCAUCAUUAAAAUUCACUGAUUGCCAGUACCAAAUAUAAGAGGCUCCAACACUGUAAAUGCAUGGGGAGGAGUUAUGGACUCCAAGAUACAUUUGAGAGUGGGUCAGCCUUGACAUUCCUCACUGUGUCGUGCAAACUCUACGUUUUUGUCUAGUUCUGAGGAGAGGAUUCUAUCCACAAAUACUGUAACUCAGUCACCAGAGAGGGAACACGGGCUACUCUUGGCUUUGGCACUCUGUUCCCUGGGUGGGUUUCCAAUUGGUGGAGGCAAUGAGUGAGUGGUCCGACAGAAUACUCUGGAAUCCUGUCCAGAGACAGAAGCUAAGGGCUGUCAUCAGCCACAAGGUCUUCACAAAGCAUAGCAGCACACCCCUCUCCCCUCAGCCCCUUCCUCUACCUAGAGCCCAGCAGAGGGGAAGCUCUUUGGGAGAGGAGAAGAAUGGAAGUUGGCACAGGUGAAGGCCAACGCUGUUCCCAAGGGCCUGAUACUCUAGGCCACACCCAACAAUAUGUCAGUACAAUAUGAUCCCACCCAGAAAAUGAAUGGCACUAUUUUAACAUUAGAGCAUCUUGGAAAAAUCCAGGAUGCAUACUCUGAAAUUUAAAUCAGGAACAUGGAAGCCAUACCGGUAUGCAGGUAUAUUCUCCUCUUUAAAAUCUAGAUGGUGUUUUAGUUUUCAAGCACCACAGGAAACCUUUUUAAAAACUUUAACCACUUGGUAUAGUGCAUGGGCUAAGCAGAUUUUAAAAGAGACCCUCCAUCUAGAAUGAGUUAAGUAAUCGUUUAUAACCAUCUUCAUCACACAAAGUUACCUUGUAGGUUCUUCUGGCGAGAUCUGAGAUUAAACAUGGAACAAAACUGUCCUUCACUCACAACACAUCACCUUCCAAACCAAAUACGCCGGUUAAUGCAAAAUCCCUGAUAUAACUAUAUUUAGCUUUUCAGAUUAGGUACAGAGGGCCAGAGGCUUAUCCUGGAUGUCCCACCAACGACAAGAGCAGCAACUUUUGUAUUUCAAUACAAUUAUGGGCAAAAAUUAUAUGAUGUAGACUAGAGGUCCCUCCAUAAAGUUUAAGAUUUAGGGUAGA